GCCAUGCAGAGUGCCGACUCCCAGAAGCCCCCCAAGCGGCCCCGGCGCGAUGGCAGCCCGAGAACCCCGCCAAACGCCCCUCCCGCAGACACAGAGAGGUCCCCGAGUCCCGACCUUCACCCCGACCACCGGACCUGGGGCCCGGAGCAGGUGUGCUCCUUCCUGAGGGACUGUGGCUUCAGCGAUUCUGGACUGCUGGAACGCUGCCGAGAGAAGAAAAUCACAGGUUCAAUACUGCCCUUUCUUGAUGAGUCUCUUCUUGAAGACCUUGGAAUAAGUUCCUAUGGGAAGAGAAUAAAGCUGCUUAAUAAUAUCCAACAACUGGAUCAAAUUCAAGUUUAUACAAUGAAGGUGAUUAAUGAUCCUAUCCAUGGUCACAUUGAAUUUCACCCUCUUCUCAUCCGAAUCAUCGACACACCUCAAUUUCAGCGCCUGCGAUAUAUUAAGCAGUUGGGAGGCGGUUACUAUGUUUUUCCAGGAGCUUCACACAAUCGAUUUGAGCAUAGUCUAGGCGUAGGGUAUCUAGCAGGAUGUCUAGUUCGUGAACUGAGUGAAAAACAACCAGAGCUGCAGAUAAGUGAACGAGAUAUGCUCUGUGUUCAGAUCGCUGGUCUUUGUCAUGAUCUCGGUCAUGGGCCAUUUUCUCAUUUGUUCGAUGGAAGAUUUAUUCCACUUGCUCGCCCAGAUGUGAAAUGGACGCAUGAACAGGGCUCAGUUAUGAUGUUUGAGCACCUAGUUAAUUCUAACGGACUCAGAGAUGUCAUGGAACACUAUGGUCUCAUCCCUGAAGAAGACAUUUGGUUUAUCAAGGAACAAAUUACAGGACCACCUGAAUCACCCAUCAAAGAUUCUUCAAAGUGGCUGUAUAAAGGGCGUCCUAAAGAAAAAAGCUUCCUUUAUGAGAUAGUGGCCAAUAAAAGAAAUGGCAUUGAUGUGGACAAAUGGGAUUAUUUUGCCAGGGACUGCCAUCAUCUUGGAAUCCAAAAUAAUUUUGAUUACAAGCGCUUUAUUAAGUUUGCCCGUGUCUGUGAGGUAGAUGAUAGGAAGCACAUUUGUACUAGAGAAAAGGAGGUUGGAAACCUGUAUGACAUGUUCCACACACGCAACUCUUUGCAUCGCAGAGCUUAUCAACACAAAGUUGGCAACAUCAUUGAUACAAUGAUUACAGAUGCCUUCCUCGAAGCAGACCCUUACAUAGAGAUAACAGGUUCUGAAGGAAAAAAGUAUCACAUUUCUACAGCAAUUGAUGACAUGGAAGCCUUCACUAAGCUGACAGAUAACAUUUUUCUGGAGAUUUUAUACUCUGCUGAUCCCAAAUUGGAUGCUGCACGAGUGAUUUUAAAGAAAAUUGAAUGCCGUAAUCUAUACAAGUUUGUGGGUGAGACUCAGCCUAUGGGACAAAUAAAGAUUAAAAGGGAAAACUACGAAAGCCUUCCGAAAGGGGUCGCCAGUGCUAAACCCAGUGACAUGGUGCUAGAACCUGAACUGAAGGCUGAAGAUUUCAUAGUGGAUGUUAUCAACAUGGAUUAUGGGAUGGAAGACAAGAAUCCUAUUGAUCAUGUUCGCUUCUAUUGUAAGAGUGAGCCCAGCCAGGCAAUCAUGAUUACUAAAAAUCAGGUUUCACAGUUUUUGCCAGAGGUAUUUGCUGAGCAGCUGAUUCGAGUUUAUUGUAAGAAGACUGAUAAAAGGAGUCUGUAUGCUGCACAACAGCAUUUCGUUCACUGGUGUUUAAUCAAUGACUUCACCAAGCCACAGGAUGGUGAUAUUGUAGCCCCACUUAUAACACCUCGAAAACUGGAGUGGAAUUACACAGAUUCAGCCCAGAGUCCAGCUUACACCCGAGAAGCAUCCAAAUCCAGAGUCCAGCUUUUUCCAGAUGACUCAGUGUGA